UGCAGAAUGGUUUGUUGGUUGCUACAGAGCAAAGACUGUUUUACAGCCAAUUUUGGAGUGUGCGUAGUUAUUGUCGAGGUAGACCACAGCGCAGUCUUCAAAGCAGAGAGAGAGAGAGAGAGAGAGAGAGAGAGAGAGAGAGAGGUGGGGGAAAAUACAAUAGUCUGGUAAACUGGUUGGGGUUUUGAAGAGGAAGAAGGAGAAGAUCAUUACAGUUUAUGAUGAAUAUGUGCUGCUGAUAUUUCCCUCCUGCAUUUCCCUUCUACUUUAACAUAACUGGGAAGAUGACGAAGGUAAGUCCAGAAUUUGUAGGGGGCGAGGUGCAGAUGUACACAUUUAAAUCGGUGUCAGCAGACGUGAGCUUUGCUUCUAAUCAGUUCCCCAAAUAUAAGUUGGGGCCUGAUUUUCAAAUUUUAGAGGAGGCGUUAUUGGAAAACAAAGGCCCAUCCCUAAAGGAGGUUGUCGAGGAAGAAACUACUAGGCUAACAGAGCAACACAAGCGUCUCUCUGUUCGUGACCUGGCUAGCAAAUUUGACAAGAAUUUGUCGUCUGCUGCUAAAUUGGCUAAUGAGGCUAAACUAAGAGAUGCACCUUCUUUAGAGGGACACGUACUUUUGAAGAAACUAAGAGAUGCACUGGAAACUCUGAAAGGAAGAUUGGCAGGUCGGAAUAAAGAGGAUGUCGAGAUAGCUAUUGCUAUGGUGGAAGCCUUGGCUGUAAGGUUAACUCAAAAAGAAGGAGAUCUGAUACAAGAAAAGUUCGAAGUGAACAAACUUGUGAGCAUUCUAAAGCAGGCUUCAGAAGAUGCUAAAAAGCUGGUUAAUCAAGAAAGAUCGUUUGCUUGUGCUGAAAUUGAGAGUGCUAGGGCAGUUGUGCAAAGAAUCGGUGAAGCACUCGAAGAACAAGAGAUAAAUUCUCAAGUUUCGGGGAAACAGCAGGAAGUCGAGGAAUUAAUGGAGGAGAUUCAAGAAGCUAGAAGAAUUAGAGUCUUGCAUCAGCCCAGCAAGGUGAUGGACAUGGAACACGAACUCAGAGCACUGAGAAUUCAACUUAAUGAGAAGUCUGUGGUUUCGUUUAAGCUUCAAAAUGAGUUAGCAAUGAGCAAGAGAACGGAGCAAAACAAGUCUCAAUUGUAUCGAAUAAUUGGCUCAGAAAGCGUGGGCUCAAUUCUACGAAUCCAGCCAUGCUCAGACGAAGCUGUUGAUCUUUCAAAAUGUUCGAUUCAGUGGUAUCGUUUAUCAUCUGAAUGCAGCAGAAGGGAACCUAUUUUAGGUGCGGAUAAAUCUGUUUAUGCUCCUGAACCUAUUGAUGUUGGACGAGUUCUUGAAGCUGAUAUCGUCUCAAAUGGCCUAAAGGCCUCGGUCACGACUAUUGGCCAAAUAGAUCAAGCUGCUGGACUGGGGAAUUAUGUCGAGACACUUCUUCGGAAAUCAAAUACUGAAUUCAGUGUGGUUAUUGCCCAGAUGAACGGAAGGAACUAUUCAUCGCGCUCGAUUCAUUCAUUUCAUGUUGGGAAAAUGAGGAUGAAGCUAAACAAGGGAUGGAUUACGAAAGCUAGAGAUUCUUAUUCCGGGUCUAUGCAGCUGUGCGGGUUCAGAGGGGGAGGAAACUCGGCAGCAAAGUCAUUGUUCUGGCAACCGCGAAAAGGACAGUCCUUCGUACUGGUCUUUGACUCGGAGCGAGAAAGAAACGGAGCUCUAGUCGUGGCCAGGAAACACGCUCUCGAAUGCAACGUGAAUCUUGCUGGCCCGGACGACGAUGCUUUGCUGUGAAUCUAACUGGUGUUUCAUUUAUUACACUUUUUUUUUUUUUUUUUUUUUUUUUUUUUGGGUUUUAAGGGAAUUUGAUUGAUUUGUGUGUGGUGAUGAAAGAUGGCUUGCUGUUUUGUUAUUACUACUAAUGAGUUACAUCCAUGAGGCAUUUGUUUUAUUGUUUGCCCAAUCAAGGGUUGUAACCACUUUUACUAAUCAAUGGUUCAUUUUUCAAGUGUUACAGUUUUU